AUGCGCUUCGCUCUUGCUGCCACUGUGGCACUUGCCGCGAGCGCGGACGCCUUCCCGCACAUGGCGCGCCACCUCCAGGCUCAUCAUGACAUGGUCGAGCGUGCCCACGCCGACCUCGACGACCGCGGUCUCCUCGACCCGAUCGGUGACUUCUUCGGAAACAUCGAGAACGGUAUCUCGGACAUUGUCAACGGCGUCACGGGCAACAUCAAGGGCCCGACGCUGAACGACCUCCUCGGCAAGCUCACCCAGGGCCGUAUCCCGAGCCUGGGCGACUUUAUCGGCGGCAUCACCAACAACCUGAAGGGCAAUGGUGCGGGCGACAACGGCAACCCCACCAGUCUCUUUGACGCUCUGACCAAGUCGCUGACGCCGGACGGCAAGUCGCUCGACUUCAGCAAGAUGGACCAGGCCGAGUACGACAGCCUGAAGAACGUGAUCGGCAAGCUGGACCUGGGCGACAUUGGCUCCAAGAUCAACCUUGGCAACCUCGGCGGCAUCGGCGACGGCAACAUUGACAUUGGCCCCUUCCGCCAGGCGGUGCCCAAGCUCGGCGACGGCAUCGACCUCGGCAAGCUCAACCUCGUGGCCGGCCUGCAGCAGCUGGGUAUCCGCGGGAUGGACUUUUUGACGCAGCUCGCGGGCGAGUUCAAGACCUUCAACCCCGUCACGAUGGCCCAGUUUGCGCUGCAGAUCAAGCAGGCGCGCGACGAGAUUAUGCGCCGCGCCGAGGCCAAUCCCGAGUUCGGCGGGUGGCCCUCGGGCCUGCUCAUGAACGAGUGGGCCAAGAACCUCUCCAAGGACAAGAUCUACGACGCCUACAAGCUCCACCGCCCCGAUGACGAGCACGGUAUCUGGGGCGGAGGCGAGGACCCCGACCACCCGUACCAGGCUCCCGGACCCGACGACGUGGGUUUCUCCAUGGCUCCCGAGACGGCGUCGCUGCUCGCCUUUGGCGCAUUCACGAUCAAGGGUGACCUGUGGGGACCCAAGCUCUCCAUCGGCGGAAAGAGCAAGUACGGCGGUGGUGUGGGGCUCUCGAACCACGGCUUCUUCGAGGGCGAUGCGUCGAUCACGCGCUCAGACGCCGUGAACGGGGACUGCUUCUCGCUGAACCGCACGCGGUACGACAUCUACCGCUCCGAAAUCGCCAAGCACGGCGAUAACGGCGACAUCAACGAGAUGGUGUGCGCCGUCUCCCGUGAGCGUGCUUAUCUCGACUCGCGCUCCGAGAACCCUUCCUUCGACUUCAACCCGCUGCGCGAGCUCGUGGCCUAUGCCGAGUCUGGGUUCGCGAUGGAGGUGUUCCGCGGCGCGAGCAAGCGCUGCACGGCCGACACGAUCGAGUGGUUCUUCGACAAGGAGCGCUUCCCGCCCAACUGGAAGAGGCGCAAUGUCCCCGUCACCAUGACCGAGCUCAUGACCUGGGGCAUGCUCUUCCAGCAGAUCAAGCCUUCCAACCCCGGCUACAACAUCGCGGGCCAGUUCGUCCCCAUCCCCAAGGUCCCGGGCACUUGGACAUCGUUCGUCUCCGGCGGCACCGUCAAGAUGAACGCGUGUGGUCUUACUUCGCUCUUCAUGACCCUCCUCCCCGUCGGCGCCGCCACCUUUGCCAUCGGUAACGGCAUCCUCCCCGUUGCCAAGCCCGGCGGCUUCAACUGUUGGUGA